CAGCGUAGAAGUUUAAAUGAAAUUAGAGUUGUUUCCGUAUCAGUGAGAAAUAGAUUCCUUCGGACAGAUAAACUGCUUUAAAUUCAUUGUACGCUCGCUAUAAAGUUGGCUAUUAUGAUUAAGCUGCUGAAGCGUGCAUUUUUUCAACGCCAAUCCAUCCAUCCAAUCAAGGGCACAGAGAAGUGUGUACCACAGGUUACAUAUGAGCAACUACAGUCUUUACCAUCUGGACAUUCGCACUGGAUAACGCGUUUAUCACAGGGCACGACGUUUAUACACUAUCUCGUGUUAUAAUCAGAGCUGUUAAUGGCCGCUAACUGGAUAUAGUUACAUCUUUGCUUGGCACUUGUGUCUAAAUACAAAUUAUUUAAAUUACACAGAGCUUAAUAUUAUAUUUUCAAACAUGAGGAUUUUACUUAUAUGUGCAUCAUUUAUUGCAAUGGUCAUUCAAGCAUCGGCCGAAGAUUUUCAGCUUACCAUUGUUCACAAUAACGACGUGCAUGCACAUUUUGACGAGGUCAACUCGCAUUCAGGCGAAUGUUCCCCCGCACAGGCGGCCGCUAACUCUUGCUAUGGAGGCGAAGCCAGAAGAAACGCGUUCAUAAAAGAUGCGCGUCGUCGCUAUGGUAACAGAACGCUGGUGUUGGACGCCGGAGACAGGUUUACCGGCACCCUGUGGUUUAACCAAUACAAAGGCAGAGCGGCCUCUAUAUUCGUCAACAAGGAGAACUACGACGCUGUUUGUCUUGGAAACCAUGAAUUCGACUUGGGCAUAGAGGGACUGGUACCAUACCUGCAAAAUUUGUCAGUGCCUGUGUUAGACGCAAACAUUGAUUAUACCAACGAGCCAAGACUACGUGGUCUAUACAACGCGACAAGGAUACUUACCUUGAAUGGGGUCAAGGUUGGCAUCAUCGGUUUUAUUACCAAGGACACGGCAUUUAUAUCAAACGCAGGAACCACGGUAAAAUUUCUAGACGAGGUGGAAACUGCAAAGAAGUAUUCAAAACAACUUAAAGCAAGCGGAGUUGACGUGAUUAUCGGCUUGAGUCACGCGGGCUACGGGAUGGACAAGAAAAUUGCAGCGGAAGUUGAAGACAUUGACGUCAUUGUCGGCGGACAUUCGCAUACAUUUUUGUAUCAUGGCACGCCUCCGAAGGAUUAUACGGAGACUGUAGAGGGGGAAUACCCGACGGUGAUAACCCAGAGCAGUGGUCGUAAGGUGCUCGUGGUACAAGCGUAUGCAUGGGGGAAGUAUAUGGGAUUCAUCAAUGUCACAUUUGAUGAUCACCUUGAUGUAAAGAAUUGGUCCGGGAACCCAGUUCUGCUUCGUCCAGAAAUGCCUAAGGAUAAUGAGACUGAAGCAAUUAUUCAAGCGAUGAAGAAGCCUCUGGACGAAAUAAAAAAACAGAUAGUUGGUCGUACAGUGGUAAAACUAGAGGGCGACCCCAUUCAAUGUCGUCUGAGAGAAUGCAAUUCAGGAAACAUGAUUGCUGACGGUAUGGUUGAGUACCACAUUGACAAACGGGAGUCAAACGAGACCUGGGCAUUGGCACCUAUCGCACUAUUUUCAGGAGGAGGCGUGCGCGCUUCAACAGAGAUUGGCGACAUAUCCAUGGGCCAGGUCCUUUCCGUUAUGCCGUUUGGUAACAACGUAGAUAUGAUCAAGUUGAAGGGCAUUCACCUUCGCCAGGCCUUUGAACACUCCGUGGCAAACUACGACAUACAUGACAGGCCCGGCGCUUUCUUUCAAAUGUCAGGGGCGCAUGUUACGUACGACCUAUCGAGACCACCUGGGCAACGAGUAGUCUCCCUUGAGAUGCGAUGUCUCAACUGUACAGUUCCAGCGUACGAACCCCUGAACGAUGACCUGAUCUACAGCAUUCUUAUGGUGGAUUUCACGAUCAAAGGCGGGGACGGGUUCAGCAUGAUCAGCGACAAUCUCGUAGAACAAAAGACUAUUAAUUCGCUUGAUGUUGAUGUAUUCAAAACAUAUCUUGCAAAACACACUCCAGUGUAUGCGGACACAGAAGGGAGAAUUAAAUUUGUGACAUCAAAUCCAGCAAAUACAACCAAUUGUCGAAUUUGUGAAGCAAACUCAUCAAAUCCAGCAAAUACAAACAAUUGUCGAAUUUGUGAAGCAAACUUUGUGCUUUUGAUUGUCAUGUCUAUAGCAUUAAUCAUAUACCAUAAAGAAACAUAUUAAACGUGAACUUAUAUGUUAAAUGACGACACUCACAUCGAAACCUUCUAAAGGAACAUUAAACACUUUCACAGAGAAAAUAGCAAUAUGGUAACUUAGGAAUGUAGCAAAUGAAUGAGUAUUGGUUGGAAUGUUAACAUAUCAUUCCCCAAGACCACUGAGAUCAGAUGCGUUACGUUACAGUCAGUUUUAAGGAACUAAUGUUGAAUCGCGUACCCAUUGUCAAUUAUGCAACAGUUUGGUAGUAUUAACAUACUCUAUGCUUAACAUUCAAUAAACUGCUAACUAGACACGCCCACGCAGUAAAUAAAUAAAUGUGUACAUAUAUGACCAUGCAAACCUUUCUCAUAGUUAGUUGUGUUUGAGUUGUUAAUCAGAAUAAACGUAAACAACAAA